GUGCGAUUAUGUUUUUUAUUUAAUCAUUUUAUUAUUUCGCCGACUGGCAAGACAUAACAAUAAAUUAAUCCACUAUUCUCAGAGUGGAAGGAUGAUUGCUUGCCAAUACACUCUUAUAAUGAUUUUAACAAUGAAUUGAACAUUUAUUAAAUAGAAUCAUAUAAUCAAAAUCAAGAUAUUAUACAAUAGUAGAAGGAACACAGUGAUAAACUGCCUCUAAUGGCUAAACUUGCAUCAAGAAUUUUAGCGAUACCUGCAAGUGAGAGGUCUUUCAGCACAUCAGGAAGAGUUAUUGAAGAAAGAACUCGACUCAAAGGUGAUACUGUAGACUCCCUUUUGUUUUUAGAUGAUUUUUACAAAAAGAAAAUGUAA